UCGUGUGUGAGCGUUGUAGAGGAAGUGGCGGGUGAGCUGGGUCCGCACCUUUUCCGGUAACACAGCACCGCCACUGCUGCGAGUGAACGGUUGGAGACAAGAGAGAGAGGGGAGGAAGACAGACCGAGGGCGGCGAGAGCGGGAAGAGACGGUUCGGGGUUUGGAGAGAAUGACCGCCGCAGACGCAGGGGGAAGAGAAGAAAGUCGGUUGAAUCAAUGACCUUUAGCGGUCUUCUUCUGGGCUCCCCGGCACAGAAGCGGAGCGGAGAAGCUACACAGUCUUAGCAUGUUUUAGUCGAAAAAUCAACGUGCUUUGAAGGUCCAUCGAGCAGGGUGAAGAAAAAAAGCUAAGGCCAAGUGUGGACAGCCGGUAGUCAAGAAGGAAGUGGGAACCCCCAGCUUGUACUGGGCCUGAUUUGUAUUUUCCUCUUUUGGUUGCAGCCACUAAUUAAAGAAAAAGUCUACUUAGUCUCCGGCUGAACCCAAAGUAAUUGGAUUCAUUAGAAGAAAAUCGAGAUCUGCGAAGAGAGACUGUGAGUAAACUUUGAAUUGAAGAGAUGUCAUUUUUUCUUCAUACAUUGGAGGGCAGUGGAUCAUGAAAAUACAUCCCCACCCAAACCUGCCAGGAUUCAACGUCCAGCAUUUCCACUAACCGCUCAGGUCAGAUUACCUCAGUCCAGAUAAUUGUAUUCUACAAACUUGAAUACUGACGCUUGUCAGACCACCUUCUGCCAUCGCGUGCAGCCAUCAGUAGCAUCACUUAAGCUGCAGUAAAAACCUUUUUCCUCAUAUAAGAGAAGUACUGCUUUUUUCCCUGCAACCUGCAAAGUAUUUAUGCACAUCAGAGAAGAUGGGGAAGAUGCUUUCAAAGAUCUUCGGCAACAAGGAAAUGAGAAUAUUGAUGCUUGGACUUGAUGCUGCUGGGAAAACCACCAUCCUGUACAAGCUGAAACUGGGACAGUCGGUCACCACCAUCCCUACGGUCGGGUUCAACGUGGAGACCGUCACCUAUAAGAAUGUGAAGUUCAACGUUUGGGACGUGGGUGGACAGGACAAGAUCAGACCACUUUGGAGACAUUACUACACAGGCACCCAGGGCCUCAUUUUUGUGGUGGACUGUGCCGACAGGGACCGCAUCGACGAGGCCAGGCAGGAGCUCCACCGAAUCAUCAAUGACCGGGAGAUGAGGGAUGCCAUCAUCCUGAUUUUUGCCAACAAACAAGACCUCCCAGAUGCCAUGAAACCCCACGAGAUCCAGGAGAAGUUGGGCCUGACCCGGAUCAGAGAUAGGAAUUGGUACGUUCAGCCCUCGUGUGCGACAACGGGGGAUGGACUAUACGAGGGCCUGACUUGGCUUACCUCAAAUUAUAAAAUGUAGAUCCUCCUUCACUCACCAGCUUGGACAUUUGGAGGCAAAACAAAUGUAGCUACAAAAAGCAAUUAUUACAAUGAUCCUUUUGCUGAAUAUGUAUUCAAAUGAGUCACAAUUACUUUUGGGUUUAUUUUUGUUUUUCACAACAAAACCCCUUUUCUUGAACCCUCCAGAAAACUAUAAUUUCAAGUAAUUUUGUUUCUUUUUAUAAUCGGCACUGUCGAAAUAUCCAACACGCUUACUGUCGAGCUGCGUUUUCUUUCAUUUUCUUCCUUAUUUUAACACUUCCUUUGAGGGGAUUUUGGGACACUUUUAAAGUUUUGUCCUUGCUUACAGCUUUUUUUUCCUCUCACGACCCAGCUGCAUAUCCAAAGGAGGCAAAAACACACAAACCAUUGCCUAGAUCAGCAUAUCACGUGUAAGAAUGUAUAUUAAGGAUGUGCUAGGACCUCAGAAACAGUCAAAUUGAUUGUACCGGGAUAAACGUCCCUCCUGUGCAGUGAUUCCAUCUAUGAUGUGGACGCUGGUUAUUCACCCACACUGUGAUAUGGAUUUCAAUGUUUUAGUCGUUUCAGGGUUCGAUUCUGUUGCCACCGGUCUUAUUUUUGUUUCUCGUAGAGCUUCCAGUUACUUUUGAGUAUUUGUAGUGUCAGCUGCCUUUGGAGGGACCGGGGUUCCAGGUGCUCCGAUAUCUGAGACUGUUCCUACGGCGAAAAGGGUGCUCUGAACUCUGGGUUUGCACUUUGGGUGGAAGACUUGCUGGUUUGUGCGUGUUUUUGAUUGACUUUUGAACUCCAGUGGGCGUUUACGAAAUUCUCAACCCCCCCCCCCCCCCCCCCCCUGCCAUCUCCAAAGCAGGUGCUUCAGUGACCUCAAGCCCCUUCGCUUGUCUUGUUUUGUCACCGUCGCCGGCCUGGAAGGUCCUGCAGUCAGUUCAGUUCAUGCUUCUUUUGUUUAAUUUUAUGUUUUUCCCCUUUUCCUUAUGCUAUGCUGUUGAAAUAAUAAAAAGAAAUGUAUCCAGAUCA